ACGAAUCGGACAUCGCGAAUCGAAACAGCACCGGAAACAGAGGGAAGCGCUGAAGUGUUUGUUUUGGUGAAUGUGACAGUGAGCUGAAAAAUACAUAAUUUCAACAUUUGUUUAACGUUACCGCUGACUUUUAAGUAAUCGCGCUGAAGUUAUGAAGCCAGCAGUUGAUGAAAUGUUUCCUGAGGGAGCUGGUCCAUAUGUGGACCUGGAUGAGGCAGGGGGCAGCACUGGGCUGCUGAUGGAUCUGGCCGCCAAUGAGAAGGCAGUACAUUCAGACUUUUUCAACGAUUUUGAAGAUCUGUUUGAUGAUGAUGAUAUUCAGUGAUGAAGAGGACAAAUAUGAUUUCUCCAUUGUAUAAAAUGUUGUUCAUUUAAGUGUUUUUCUUUUUUUCACUUUAAGAGUGAUGUUGCAUUGUUAACUCUCAGUUGAAUAAUAAACUUUUGUGCAAUAC